CGCCUGACUCUCUACAAUAAAGAUCUCCUGUCGGACCUCUGGGUGGUGAGUGACCUGAUUGGGAAGAGGACACUCUAAGGGGGCAUGCGAGACCCCUUUCAAAGACGACCUGGAGGCCACUGUUUUCUCCUCCUUCAUGCUGUAGAGUGUUCUUUUCCUACUAUUACUUGAUUACUUGGCCCAAACGCACUCCUGCCUUUAACAAACUUUGCUACCUUUAAGGAGAAAAAAAAAAGACCAUCUGGAAAUUAUUUUAGUAGUAAUCAGCCCUAAUUGUUGGGUUGUUGCCAUCGUUUCUUUCUCUAAUUUCGGUUCUUUGACCAGUGAUCCAGCUUCCUGGUUAGAUUCCAGAACAAUCCGUCUUCCCCAGAUCUUUGGGAGCGGGACCGAACCUGGCUUAAUAAGAAAUUAUAAGAUUGAUGAAAGUGACACAUCGCUCGCUGCAACCUAUGACCCCUGCAUCCUAUCUCACUCCCUGAGUCCUGGGCCCAGACCCCAGAGGGCGCCCAGACCUAUGGCUUUCCUGAAUCCCCAUUUGACUCAGAGUCCGGGCCCUAGCUCCCGUCUUCCCACCCACGCCAUCUGGGCACUGUCUUGCUAGUUCCUCUGCAAAGAAAUUUGCAUCGUGCGCAGUGGGAGGGCUCUUCAGGCCACUCAGGACAGCUCUGCCGAGCCAUGGUCCGUCCGGCUGCUCCCCGGCUGCUCCUGGCCCUGACUCUCCUGCUGGGGUCUACAGUUGCCCCCACAUCCCAGCCUGUGAGUAAGACCGAGGGGCAGGGGCAGGCUGCAGCGGGACCUGGGCAGCAGUUGGACAGGAGUGGAGCAGGGGAAUCAGUCCUGGUCUCUGUCUUCGUGGAACUGGAACUUUCAGACAAGAUCUGGCCCCUGGCACACUCCAGGGCCCUGGCGCUUCCUCCUGCCUCGGCCACUUCCUGCCCAAGAAAUCUCACGGGGCUCGUGAUCACCACAGACUGUAAUGUCAGCCACACGGGGCACAGCCGCUGCGCCUGCCGCCCCGGGUACCAGUGGAGCGCCCGUCUCUGCUCCAGCAGCACUCCCUGCCCCUCGCACAGCCACAGUGGUCAGCUCUGUGACUGUCGGAUCUUCAGCCAUUCCAUCCCGGGCUACUGCCAGACGCUGCCACCUGUUCCUGGGAACCUGAGCCUGAACUCCCAGCUGCAGAUGCCGGGUAACAUGCUGAACCUGGCUCUGCUCACGACCCAGAACGUCACCAACCCGAAAUGGUUCUUGAGACGCACAGAGAACAGCAAACUCAUCCCCCUGCGGUCGGGGCCGCAGGUGUCGCUGAGCUUUCACCAGGGCCAGGCCAGCCUCAGCAUCAGCCGCCCAUCCCAGCACUGGGCAGGUGAGUACCUCAUCUACUUCGAGGCCCAGGGAUUCGCCUGGAAGCUGCAGCAGGUGGUGAAGGUGCCCUUGCAGAAGGCCGAAGUGGCUCUUUUUCCGGAGGAGCUGUCCAUCUCCUGCACCGCCUCCCCCAGCUUCCAGCUGAGCUGCUGCUUUCCCAGCACAAACCUGGUCUACACUGCUGCCUGGAGCCCCAGGGAGGGCAGCCACGUCUCCUUACUCAACAGGACAGGCUCUCAGUGCCUGCUGCUGGACGUUCAGCGCUGCCCGGAGGCCGACACCACAUACACUUGUGUGCUGGAGAGUCAGGGCCUGGCUCCUCUUAGGCGAUCUGUCGCCGUCGCCGUCAUCCAGGAUGGAGACGACGCCUGCCCUGAGGACUUCUCGGCUGUGGCCUGGAAUGUCACUAAAGCUGGCCACGCGGCACAGGCCCCUUGUCCUGGGAACAAGGCGGGCAUGGUGAAGAGGUUCUGUGGACCUGAUGGGGCCUGGGGGCCCCUCCAGCACAACUGCACGGACAUGGGGAUCCUGGCCUUGUACGAUGAAGCCAGGCUGCUGCAGGCCGGCCAGGGAAAGCCCGACCAAAGGGUGCCACAGAUCCUGGAAAGGCUGCAGGAGCGGGUAGAGGCGGCAAGCUCUCCCUCCGACUUACUGAAGCUACUGAGCACUGUGGAAGUCCUGGCGGAGGUGGUGGCAGAAGACAGAACGACGCUCAAGCCCAGUGCCCUGGAGGAUCUCCUGACAAUCACCGACAAGGUCCUAGACACGAACAUCAGCUCUCUGUGGACCCCGGCCCAGGCCCAGGAGCCCUCGAUGGGCUCAGACUUCCUGCUGGCUGUGGAAACCCUGGCACGCAGCCUGUCCCCAAAGGGCCAGCCCUUCUUCUUCAGCUCCUCCAGUGUGCGGCUGCAGAGUCAGCUCCUGGAACCCCCUCUUGCCGACUACCAAAUCUCCUUCUCCACUCAGCCGCCGCUGCGGGCCCGGAUUCCCAGGUAUUCACUGACCCCAUGGGUCCGUAACGGAACCACUGUCAGUGUUACCAGUCUGGUGCUACAAAACCUGGACCGCCUUCUGCCCUCCAACUACGGGCAAGGGCUGGGGGGCCCCCACUAUGCCACCCCUGGCCUGGUCCUCGUCAUCUCGAUCAUGGCAGGUGGCAAAGCCAUCACCCGAGCAGAGGUCAUCAUGGACUUCGGGCAAACAGAUGGUGCCCUGCACUGCGUCUUCUGGGACCAUAACCUCUUCCAGCAUGCGGGAGGCUGGUCAGAUCGAGGGUGCCAGGCACGGGCAGCCAAUGACGGCCCUGCCACUCAGUGUAUCUGCCAGCACCUCACUGCCUUCUCCACCCUCAUGUCCCACCAUACCGUUCCAGAAGACCCUGUCCUGGAGCUCCUGACUCAGGUGGGCUUGGGCGCCUCCAUACUGGCACUGCUUGUGUGCCUGACCGUGUACAGGCUGGUGUGGAGGGCCGUGGUACGGAACAAAGUUGCCUUCUUCCGACACGCUGCCCUGUUCAACAUGGCGAUCUGCUUGCUGGCUGCCGACACGUGGUACCUGGCAGGCUCAGUCUUCCUUCCAAGGACUCACAACCUCCUCUGCCUGGUCACUGCCUUCCUGUGUCAUUUUUUCUACCUGUGCACCUUUUUCUGGAUGCUGGCGCAGGCCCUUCUGUUGGCUCACCAGCUGCUUUUUGUCUUCCAUCAGCUGUCCAAGCACCUCAUUCUCGCCCUGAUGGUGAUCCUGGGCUACCUGUGCCCCCUGGGGCUUGCCGGUGCCGCUCUGGGCCUCUACCUGCCUCGAGGGCAAUACCUGAGAGAAGGGCAGUGCUGGCUGGCUGGGAAGGGAGGGGCAGUCUAUACCUUCGUGGGGCCGGUGCUGGCCAUCGUGGGCGUGAACGGGCUGGUACUCGCCAUGACUGUGCUGAAGUUGCAGAGACCUUCGCUGUCAGAAGGGCCCUCGGUGGAGAAGCGCCAGGCUCUUCUGGGGGUGCUCAAGGCCCUGUUCAUCCUCACACCCAUCUUUGGCAUCACCUGGGGGCUGGGCCUGGUGACUAUGUUGGAGGAGGCCUCCGCAGUCCCUCACUACAUCUUCGUCAUUCUCAACUCCUCCCAGGGAGUCUUCAUCUUAUUGUUUGGUUGCCUCACAGACAAGAAGGUGCAAGAGGCCUUACGCAAACGCUUCUGCCACACCCAACCCCCCAACUCCGACAUCUCCCUGAACACAAAUGAAACCUACAUCUCAGAACAGAGUAAAGGAGGAAGCCAAAAUGCCAGCUCUCUGUCCUCCCCGCCCUAAGGCAUCCAAGCAAGAAAGGCUUGAAAAACUCGCUAACCCACCCAGUGACCUCAUGGAUGAACCUGCCUUUCCUGCCAAACUCAUCACCAGAUAUCAAAGUUCCAGAAAAGUGCAACAAACAGCAGCGACUCCAAACAAUGAAAUUAAUGUGCUUCAAUCACAGCAAUGCGGGGUACA